AUGCCUAGCUUCUCCGUCACUCAGAUCCCAGAUCUCUACGAGCCAUGCGUAAUCCCCGAGGAGGACCUUGAACCAAUGCCUAUCUCUGACAUGAGACUCAAGACUCAUCACCGCGGCAAGAAGGUCUUGCUUCGGGUCAAGACCGCACCCGCUCGAGUCACGACCGUCGUGACCAUCGUGGAAGAUGAAGAAGGGACAGCAGUCCUACUAGCGCUUUAUCAACAGCUCCAGGAAGACUUGUUGACUGUCAGACAUCCUGCUCAAGACUCCGUAGCAAUCCUCAAAGAUCCCUUCUUUGAGCAAACAGCUGAAGGAACUUACUCCCUACAAGUCGACCACCCAAGCGACAUCAUCUGGCUAGAAGACCACGACGAGAGAAUCCCCGAGAAGUGGAGAGUCCACAGAAAGAUCAAGAAGUCACCAGACGAGAAGCAGCAAGCGCUUUUCGGCCGUUCCGACAUUUAUCUCAAACUCGAUCGCCCUCGUCAGGCGUUGCUAGACGCUAUCGAAGGAGAUGGCCUUGCAACUUCGACCGAGAAGCCCUGGCUUCUUCAAGCUCGCGCGAUCUACCGCCUUGGGAAUCUCAAGGAGCAGAAUGACGGCGCGUAUGCAUUUGGCAACAUGCUCAUUGAUGCUCAAGAGACACCUCCAUUGAUCAACUGCGCCACCUUCUCCUCUCUUGUUGAGACCCGCGUCGCCCCUGGCCGAGUUAUGGGGCUCUUCCUUACCGAAGACCUAUCUGCUGGAGACUUGAUACUCUGCGGAAAGGCGUUCUCGUACUAUUUCAUGGAUGAUGAAAAGAGUCAUGAGACCUAUCCCAUCUUGUUGAACAUGUCCAGUAAGGAACUGACAUCUGGUGGCUCUGUUCACUUGUGGCCACAAGUCACCCAAAAGCUGUUUCACAACGCGAGAAUGCAUCUAUACGAUCCAAGAACUAUUCCACGGGGACCACAAGAAGCUUCAUCACCGGAAUACCUGCUAACGUGGUCGUAG